AUGGAAAACAACUCCAAUACAAAUAACAUCGCCACCUGUCCUUUAGUUGAAAGCAAUAUGUGGUUCUUGGAGUACCUAGAAGAUGUCUACAUUAUAAACUGCGUCUUCAACUUUGUAUUCGCGAUCUCAGCAGUUGUCGGAAAUUUUUUUGUUCUGUACUCAAUCAUUAAGACUCCAUCCUUACACAAGCCAUCAAGCUUUCUCAUUUGUAACCUAGCAGUGACAGAUCUCGCAACAGGACUUUUAGUCCAACCACUUUAUGUCAUCUACAAAAUAGCAGAGAUGAAUGGUCUUGUGGAUAUGUCAUGUUAUUGCGGCGUUGUCGUCAACAUGCUGGCCAAUCUCUUCUCAGGUAUGUCUUUCAUGACGGUCACGUGCAUCAGCAUCGACAGAUACCUGGCUUUGUACCUUCACUUAAGAUACGUUGCUGUUGUAACCACACAACGAGUGGUUAAAAUAAUCACGAUGUUCUGGCUCAUUGGAAUCUUCUUCGUCUCAUUUUACCCAUGGAAAGUUUCAGUUUCYUUAGGAUUUGGUGUCAUAGCACUUGUAAUGUGCUUGGGGAUAUCCUCWUUUACAUUCUUCAAGAUUUUCCAAGUGGUCAGGAAGCAUCAAACGCAAGUUUAUGAUAAUACCGCGUCAUACAAUGUAGAGGAUAAAAGGAUUGCCUUUCAUGCACUGAACCUGUCUAAGUAUCGCAGGUCAGUCCUUACGAUGGUUUACAUAUAUAUAAUACUUGCCUACCGUUAA